CAAUACAUGUCGUCGCAUUCUCCCUUGGGAAGUGUUUCGGCGUUUAGUGUACGUAGCUCACAUGUUUCGUAAUCAAACAGGAUUAUGAUGAGAAGCUCGAUCUAGUGCGAGGGAUGCUCCAAGUGCGUAUAGACGAAAUCAAUUUGAGGAGGCGAGGUUGGCCCCUACGAACCUAGCACACACCAAUUCAAAUCAUUAAGUGUCACUGAAAAGGGCAUAUUUGAAUUGGAUUCCUCCUCGCCCGCUGACCCAGUCAGCAAGCAAAAUGGCCCAUUGCAUGUCCACACUUCAGAGUGAAAUACUGUAAUUUCCAUCAUCUCCAUCAAACCGACUUGAGCUCUCUUUUGCCUCUGUGCUUCCCAUGCCCACCAACCAAGUGGCCUGUGCUUAAAAACCCAACAUCCGUUAGUCAAGACAGUCUUGGCAACCAAAACAAACCGUUGGACGUUAUCUUUGCCGCCGAGCGAGUGGAUUUUCUACCUGUCCGAGGGUGCGAAUGUGCAGAGGUGUACAAAAGUGAGCUUAAACAUGGGGAACAACUCUUGGGGAAACGUGUCAUGUCUUUCAAUAUUAACCCUCAUGGUUUUCUGGGGCCAAAUCCAAAACUACAUGAUGAGGUCCAAUCUGAACUUUUUGAUCGUGACCAUGGUGAACGAGUCCAGUGUGAUGAGCCAACAAACUCUUUCAAACACGACAGAUAUUUCGGAAAGGUGCCAUAUUGAUCUCGACAAUGUCGGCUCGUUGAACAAGACUUCACCCAUUGGAAUCGUUGAGGAUCUGGCCACCACAUCCGGGUCGUUUCAUUGGGAUGCUUGGCAACGGGCCUUCAUACUCGGAGCCAACAGUUAUGGCUACUUGUGUACUCAAAUCAUCGGAGGCCGCCUCACCGAGAUCUACGGGGUAAAGCGAAUCUAUGGAUUCGGAUUGCUCGGGAGUGGAAUUCUCACGGCUCUGUCUCCUUGGGCAGCAUAUCAGCAUCCAAACUUUUUGGUGGCGUUACGAAUUGGCAUUGGACUCCUAACUGGGGUCACUUUCCCAUCCCUCCAUGCCAUGACUGCCCGAUGGGUUCCGGUGGAACGAAGGAGCCGCUUUAUCUCGAGAAGCUACUUUGGAAGUACUUUUGGGCUGAUCAUAACAUUUCCCAUGUGCGCUUACAUAGUGUCAUGGUGGAAUUGGGAGGGAGCAUUCUAUGCCAUUAGUUUCAUUACAGGAAUCUGGUUUGUCUUUUGGUGGAUAUUGGUUUUUGAUUCCCCUCAAGACCAUCCACGAAUUAGCUCGGAUGAGUUGGAAUACCUCAAUACCUUAAUCGGAAGAGAGAUAGAUCACAAACUUUAUUUCGCCCAAUGCGAUUGGUUAGGUGUGCUAGUGCUUCUCUGCAUUGGGAUGUUCUUCAAUGGUGCCAUUUCAUCUGGACAUUUUUCAAGCCACGUGGAUUUAGCGCCAAAUUUCGCUGGUACUCUGCUCGGCAUCAGUAACACAUUUUCCGGGGGUCUAAUGGGAUUUAUGACGCCCUUGGCUGUGGCAGCCCUCACAGAGGAUAUGACAAUGAGUUCAUGGACCACGUUAUUCUCUGUGACAGCUGUCAUUUACGUGCUUGGAAAACUAUUGUAUGUAGUUUUGAUAUCCGGAGAAACUCAGAGCUGGAAUCAUCCCAUCAAAUCUCGACGUCCUAGCGAAGAUGACACUGUAUCAGCGCCGCUGAAAUUGUGAUGGUUUAUGUUCCAUUUGAGUGUUUGUUUGUAACUAGCCGUCAUGCAUUCGUGUCGAAUUCAUUGUAGAAUUCCCAAAACUAGCUUCUGGUCAAUCAAAUCAUCCUGGUGUUUCCUUAACGAAAUGAAAUCGCAUUAUAUGAAACUAGCCAACUUGUGCUUUCCGGUGCCUUGCUCUACUGUCAUCAUAUAUCAAUAGUCCGAAGUCUUAAGAUAACUAGUGUACAUAAAUGAAAAGUGUUCGUCCAACAUCGCCACCCACCCUGCCCAGACCACAAAGAGGAACAGCAACCGAACAACAAAAAGAUCAUUGCGGUUGUGCGCUGGCGGAUCGGAAAUCAACCUUAUCUCAUACAAUGAAAAGAGAAUUUUGCUCAAUUCUGAAGUGGAAGAGCGAGUGCUUGAACAAUAUCAUGCCAUUAACAAAGGCAAAGUGAAAUCGAGAAGCAAGUCUCGAAUUAUCUGUAAUAAAUUCAAUUAUGGGCAAGAUCCAAUCGAGAGCUCUGAUUGAUGAUCAUUUGUUUACCAUUGUCAAGCAAGAUCUUCCCACCUUUGAACUCAAAUUUUCUUUUUGUAACCCUCAAAGGCCCCCUCAAAAAUGGCAGUAAAUCUCGGAAGGAUA